GCUGUCUUUGCGGCCGGGGUGAUUGGGCGGUGAAGCUGCAGCGCGGUGGAUAGGCUAGGGCUGUUGAGAGGAGACGCGAGGAGACGGACGAGAUGAAAGGGCCCGGCGCCAGCGUCAAGGCGCAGCCGCAGCGAGUCUACGGGCGGUCUUGCAGCCCGUCUUGCAGGGAGUCUUGCAGCGUCUUGCCGCUCUCGUGCAGUCCUGCUGGGGCUUGUUGGCAGUGGUCUCAUGCACGGCGCGAGAAUAGCGUCGUGAGGGGAGCGCCUUUGGGGUGGAUUUUUGGGGCUGUCGUUUGGCGAAAACCCUUGUCGACUUGCGAGACGGACCGGAGGGCGAAGACCGGUUCGGCUGUUAGUUGUUAUUUUGUUGUUAUUUCGUUGGGCUGUAUUUGUAGCUUGUAUUUCGGUGGCACUGCAAUAGCCGAGAGGACAAUGACCAGCAGGUUCGUGAUGAUUUCGGUUCCGGUUCUCGCUGGUUUAAUAGCUCGGUGACGUGAUUAGACACAGCCCGCAGCGCAAUCAGGCCAGUUUCUCCGCUGCUGGAUAGAUCGUCUGCGGUCUUUUGUGGGAAAACGACAAUCGUCUGGUGUG